CGCUUACAUCGGAAACGGCCUCCUGGUGGUCUUUGGGACCUCACAAUCUGGGCACAACAGUUCCAAGUGCAGUCUGCUGGGUAUCAAUGAGUGGGGUUUUCUUCUGUCGCCAAGGCCCUACCCCAGGUCCACAGCUGCCACUGGUCCUGGGGCCUUGCCUUGGCCCUCCCCAGCUUCUUGCUGAACAUUCUUGCCUUGGUUCUAGGUGAGCCGUAACUCUCUGCUGCUGUUUUCCUGUUUCAGUGAGAGCCAAGUCGUGCCCGACCUGGCCAUGUACCACAACCCUCUUGUCUACUGCACCUGCUGGGACCCCCGGGGCCUGGGGCCGAGGAAGCUUAUCAAAACCCCUCAGCCACUGAGCAAGGCCUCCUGGAGGAGGGCCAAUUACAUAUUUUUCACUUUCGGGCUAACUCCUCUGCUACCAGUUUCAAAAGAACACAAUUACCUGCAGCCCCCACCAGCAACAAAGCCUACUCUUGCCCCAGAAGUGAGCAUCCAUCCCGGGAGGCUGGAAGACUGCCAUAAGUCACCUCAAGAGGUGAUCCGGGUGUCACCUGGCUACCAACUGGCUCGGAAUCGGGAGCAAAUUUCUGUCACCGUGAGGGAUGAGAUGUUCAGUGGGGAAAAGCAGUUGGAACUUGAGAUCGCAGACAGAGCCAACAUUUCCAGGAGCUGUUCUCGGGGGCAGGAUGGAGAAGAGGUCAUGCAAUGCAAACUGAGGAGCACGUGCCCCUGGGUGAGGAGAAGGGCCAAUAUCAUUUGUGACCUUGAAGAGCAGAUCUCAGAACUGACCAUAAUAAUAGAACAAAUGAACAGAGACCACCAGGCUGCCCGGAAAUUGCUCUGCAAUGAAAUGGAACGCCGCUGUGAUGAGAUGAAGCAGAACUUUGAAGACAAGACAAGGCAUCCCCCAAGUUCAUUCAGCUCCAGGGCAGGUGCCCGCCAUAUGGAGAGAACCCAGAAGAUAAACCGGACUGGACUAGCCAUCCUUUCACUUUACAUCACACAAUCUUAUCUUCCCAGGGAACUCGUGUUCUUACUCCCGGCACUCACAAUGGCUCACAAGGCGGAGCUCACUGAGUUAGAGAACAACUACAGAGAAGCCCUGAAGGCUGAGAAGUCAGCAGCCCACGGGAAGCUAGAGGAGAUGCAGAAGGAAUAUAAGUAUUUGAAGAACAUGUUUCAUCUGUACCAGGACACCAUUCACGAGGAGAUGGAAGACAAGUGGUCCAAGCGAAAGGCAGAGUGGGAGGAGGGCGAGAAGAUGGAGCGGGAGAAGAUCCUGCUGCAACAGAAAUACAAGAUGACAAAAAAGUUUGAGUUAGAGUCUGAAGAGGAGAAGAGGGGAAUGAGUGAAUCCUACAGUGUUACCUUCGAGAGCUUCAUGCAUGAGAAGGAGGUAACAGCACACGAAUAGCUGAGGAUGUCAUGCAGAACCCAGCUGUGCCCACAAUGAGGGGCUCUUUGGGCUUUGGGGGGCAUUGGCUCCGUCCCCAGUUUCCCUGGAAUAUAUGCAAGCAGGUUGACCAUCUCGCUGCCCUCGAGCCAGACCAUCUCACCACUGUAUUCACAGAGUGGGAACUGUAAAGAACAGGAAGUGACAGAAUGCUUAGCAUCCAGAGCCUGCAGCUCCCUGCUUUGCCAGCACCCCAUCUCUGAAUGUCAGCCUCAUCCCUGGCUGUAGGUGAGGUGUUGAUGCAAACUAAACUGAGAACAUUUGGUCAUGUGCAGCUCUUAGUAAAUAAGAGUAGCUCACUGAGAAGUCGGGUCGGCUGAUGGCUAGCACGUCUUCCUGCCAGUCCCCAAACCUUUCUCCUGAGACUAGGUGGUAAGAAAGUAGGUCGCAGACCAAACUUCACCAAACAUAUGGACAUUUACAAAGCAGAGAUGCAUUAGCAAGUAGGUUUCAAACUUUCAUACUGCCACAUCUCUGAGCUUCUAGGCAUGCAGAAGGCUGGCUGGCGGCAGGUAGGAUGGUGCUACAGAGGCAGGACUCUGCCGUCAUCCUAGCAGACGGGCAGCCAGUGCCGCUGAGAUCAGGUCUGCCCCACCACCCCUCAGGGCACAGGGAACAGGCUCUGUUGGAUUCUUGUGCUCCUCGCAAAAAAUGGAGAAUGACUUUACAAUGUUUUCUAUAAUCUGAAUAUUUCAUCUAUGUGCCCAUUUGUAACCACCAUGCUAAUUUAAAAGCCACUAAUUUCACCAAUGAAAGUCUACUUCUGAUAUUCACUUAUAACUUACUGCGCAAAAUAAUAAUGUAGAAUUGGAGCGUGUUAUGCAGCAGGGUCCAGAGAGCUUGGUUGUGUGGUGAGAAGUAGCAGCUCUUUCAUAGGAGACAGGGUCUGCAUGUACCCCUUCCUUCCUCCUUCCUCUUAUGUUCUUGGUGACUCUGAACACAGGGUCCCUCUCAAUGAGGUAUAAUAUACUUAGCAAAGUCUUAUGUGUGGAGUUUGAACAGGUUGACACAUGCAUACACCUGUGUAACCAGCACUCAGCCCCAGAGCUUCUUACAACCCAGAGAACCCUUGGGUUGUUUUCCGGUUGAGCUGCAUCUCCCCAGCCUCCCUCAGAUGGUUCUACCGCCAUAGAUUGGCUCUGCCCGUUUCUACACUUCAUAUAAAUGGAGUCUUAUUGUUACGCUCUUUUGUGUAUAGCUUUUUCCUAUCAACAAAAUGUCUAU